GCUUGAGGCAGACCAUAGAACGAUAUAUGCAAGCUAAAGGGACUUCUAUAUUGCAGCGUGACACCGGGAUGGGAGAAGUAUCAUGCAAUGAGCAAUUCAACGCAGAGAUGGAAAGAAUGAAAAGGAAAAUUACUGACAUUCAACUGAGUGUGCAAAGGUACCAAGGAAAUACUGAUAUGAGUUCUUUACAUUUGGAGGAAUUGGUUGAACUUGAGCGCCAGCUUGAGAUCUCUAUUGCCAAGGUUCGAGCAAGAAAGUUUCAGCUUCUGGAUGAGCAACUUGAAAAUCUGAAGACGACAGAAAAUUUGCUGGAGAAGGAAAAUCAAGAUAUUUACCAUUGGCUUAUGAACAAUCACAUUCAGAGGCAAGCAGAAGCAAUGGAGCAUCAACAUCAACAACAAGCAAUGACAGAACUCAAAUUACUGGAAGAGCAGCCUUUGUUGAAUCAGCUUCAAGUUUUUGGACAAGAUUUGCAUCCGUCUGCAAGUGCUAUGCCUUUUCUUCAACUUGGUACUGUACCUCUUGAUACACAUUCCUAUCGCCUCCAGCCUACCCACCCUAACCUUCAAGAAUCCGGGCUGCAAUGCUUUCACUACGUGUGAUUGUAGGCAUUUGGAUGAGAGGGACAGUUGCUGGUUGAUCAAGACAAGAAAUAAUCCUGACACUCUUCUUUUCUUUCGUUUUUGAACAACUUCUGUUCUUAAACUUAUAUAAAAAUUUUACAUUAAUCCUUUGUGCAUGACAUUGGAAUGCGUUAGAUAAAUUUGUUUGCUGAUUUCAUUUUUUAGAGUAAUAUGAUGUUUUUCUUGAUUUGGAUGUUGUAUUGGGGAGCAGUCGAAGGGGAUUUACCAUGAAGUUUCCCCACAAAACUAUUAUUUAAUCCUAAAUCAUUGGCUGUUGAGGCUAGAAUUACUGUG